GGACGCUUAUGCAACUGAGCGUUUUGUGCGCUCUCGCCAGCUCGCAUCGCCUUUGUUGUGACGUCGCAAAUGUACACUGCUCGAAAGAAGUACCACGUCUUUUGAGGGAUUUCUUUAAGUGUGGCAGGUGAACCUCCCUGCUGCUGGACUAACCUACGCUAAUCUAACGCAAAAUAUGACGAACAUGUGGGGCAAACUGGUGCUGAAGUUCUUCAAGUAUGCGCCCAGCUAUGUGGUCUGCCUGUGCUUCCUGCCCUGCGGCAUGAUCUUCGGCUAUACGAUCUGUGCCUUUGUUGCGGAACGGAACCUCAACGCUGGAUUCAAUUACUAUGGACCACUCAUACUUGGCGCCUGCUGGGCGGUGGUCACCGCCCUGGCCAUGCUGGUGGUCAAGUUUGUGAAGAAGUGCAUCAUCUAUUGGCAGCCAUGGCUGCUGCUGGCCGCCGGAAUCUUUAGUCUCAUAGGCAGCUGCUUCUACUUUGCCGAUGGAUUUGACCACAUUGGUGCCUACAUAUCGUACUUGGCGCACAGCAUGACCUUCGUGGCCGGCUAUAGCUUCCUGCACACGAUCAGCUCCAAGGGCGGCAGGUCGCUGUUCCUCUCGGGCAGCUGCAGCUGCUACCUCCUGGGCGUGGCGUCUGCCGUCAGCCUCAUCGUGUCCUCCUACAGUCGGAAUGUAAAGGAGCUGGCCGGACAGACGGCGACCACGGAGCAGCUGAUCGAUGGCAUCUACGUGAACUUUGCGGGCACCUACUUGAGUGUGGCGGCCGUUGUGCUGGCCAUCCUGGUGGGCCAGAAGGUGCUGCACUUUCUGGGCACCGUCGACCUGGUGAACAGCAUGGACAACGACCUGCGGAUCGCCAACUCCAAUGGCAGCAUCUUUGAGAAGCGUUCGGAGGUCAUCAAGCGGCUGCAGUUCUUCUACGUGACCAAGAAUCAGCAGUGGAACAUGAUGCUGCUGCUCCUCUUCACGGAGGCCGUGCAGUUCGCGCUGUUCGUGUACUUUGUCUACUGGUUCGCCCUGAAUCCGGCCAUCCGGCUGACAGAGUUCUCCGGCAUCGACGGCAUGUUUUGGGUGAUCUUUGCGGGCAGCCUGUUGGCGCUCAUCUGCCAGUGGUUCCUGUCGGUGAAGGUCACCUUUGUGAGCACUCAGGUGGCUCUCAUCUUCUUCACCCUGCUGGCCAUGAUCCUGUGCAGCGUCACGGAGUCCAGGUGGUCGCUCUGGCUGCUCCUCGUGCUCUUCGGCCUGUCGUACUCGCAGCAGCAGAUCCUCCUGCUGGAGGUCACCCACCUGCGCUUCACCGAAUGCAUCAUAAGCAUCUCGUAUGUGCUCAAAUUGGUCUGCACCAGCAUUGUGUACUUCUACUUCGUGGCGGAUGCGAAGAACUCCUACUUCUAUGCCACCGACUCGAGCACCCUGAUGGCCCAGGGAUUCGUCUUCCUCAUCAUCACCUCGCUGCUGGCCCUCGUGGUGGGCAUGAAGGUGCCCCGGACGCAUCGCGCCCAGCUGCUGGAGAUCCAGUACGAGGUGUACGGCAUCAUCUUCAUGAAGCACCAGAUCGAGCAGCUCAAUGUCCGUUGGCUGAACGACGGCACCAUUCCCACCAUCAACCAGUGACCGCGUAUUUGAUCUUAGGUCGCUCGGGCAUCGACUCCCGAUCUGUACACGCACUUUCUUAUCUUAUCACAAAUACUCAGUAUUUAAUGAAUCGAAAAUAAACGAGACUUCUCAGUCUACAUCCACAGA